CCCCUCCAGCCUCCCUGCCCUUCGCUGUCCUGUCGCUGGUGAACGCCCCGUAUAAGCGAGGAUUUUACUGCGGGGAUGACUCCAUCCUGUACCCCUACCGUCCAGACACCAUCACCCAUGGACUCAUGGCCGGGGUCACCAACACAGCCACUGUCAUCCUUAUCUCGGCGGGAGAAGCCUACCUGGUGCACACAAGCCGGCUCUAUUCCCACUCCGACUUGAACAACUACGUGGCUGCUGUGUACAAGGUGCUGGGGACCUUCCUGUUUGGGGCAGCCGUCAGCCCGUCUCUGACGGACCUGGCCAAGUACACUAUCGGCUGCCUGCACCCCAACUUCCUGGCCGUCUGUGACCCCGAAUGGAGCCGGGUCAACUGCUCGGUCUACGUGCAGCUGGAGAGGGUGUGCAGGGGAAACGCUGCUGACGUCACCGAGGCCAGGUGGGUGUGGAUGAGCAGCCUUCAGUCUGGGGGGCAGUGGGAGCUGAAGAAGCCCGAGAAGCCAGAUGUUUUUCUUUCACUCUACGUGCAGGCACGGCUCUGCUGGAAGUGGGCGCGGCUGCUGCGGCCCACGGUCCAGUUCUUCCUGGUGGCCUUUGCCCUCUAUGUGGGCUACACCCACGUGUCUGAUCACAAACACCACUGGAGCGACGUCCUUGCUGGCCUCCUGCAGGGAGUGCUGAUGGCUGGCCUCACUGUCGGCUACAUCUCAGACUUCUUCAAAGCCCGACCCCCACAUCACUGCCUGAAGGAGGAGGAGCUGGAACGGAAGCCCAGCCUGUCACUGACAGUGACCCUGGGCGAGACAGACCACAGCCACUAUGGGUACCCGCACUCCUCCUCCUGA